CCUUCACAGCAGCACCACCAGGAUGAUUCUCCGCCGCACCGACAACCUUCACUUCACUUUCACACUCAUUUAACCCUUCACUCGGACCCACGCCGGCCGCCGAACCACCUACACCCAUGCUUUGCCCUCCUGAGAUGCGAUACCACUGCACAGUUUCCCGGAGAAUAUCUUCACCUUCCGUCGCUCCUCGCUGAUAGAGAGCAUGCCCGACACGGGGGCCGGCGCUGCGGUCGCGGCGGCCGCCAGUGGUGCGACCACCGCCGGCGACGGCAGCGAGAGCUCCCGGCACCGACACCGAGCGCAGCAAGGGGACUCGGAGAGGCCGGAGCCGGGCGCUGCCCCGCCGCAAGCCUCCUCCGGUGUUCUGGAUAAGUUAUUUGGAAAGCGGCUGCUGCAAGCUGGGAGACACAUCAUGUCUCAUAAGUCUUGGAUGAAAACUGUGCCUACGGAGAACUGUGAUGUCCUCAUGACGUUUGCAGACAGCACAGAUGACCACACGUUGCUAUGGCUACUGAACCACAUCCGGCAGGGAAUCCCAGAACUCAUCAUCCAGAUCCGACAUCAUAAGCACACGCGAGUCUACGCAUUCUUCGUCACGGCUACGUAUGAAAAUUUGCUGCGAGGUGCGGAGGAGAUGGGCCUGAGGAAAGCUGUGAAGCCUGAAUUUGGUGGAGGAACACGAAGCUUCUCCUGUGAGGAGGACUACAUCUACGAGAACAUCGAGAGCGAGCUCUGCUUCUUCACUUCACAGGAGAGGCAGAGCAUCAUCAGAUACUGGCUGGACAAUCUACGUGCCAAACAUGGGGAGGUGCUUCAUAAUAUUAACUUCCUGGAGGGCCAGCCAAUCAUCCCGGAGCUGAGUGCCCGAGGUGUGAUCCAGCAGGUUUUUCCUCUCCACGAGCAGAGGAUCCUCUCACAGCUCAUGAAGUCCUGGGUUCAGGCUGUUUGUGAGAAACAGCCACUAGAUGAUAUCUGUGACUAUUUUGGGGUGAAGAUUGCGAUGUAUUUUGCCUGGCUGGGAUUUUACACCACCUCUAUGUUGUAUCCUGCUGUGAUCGGCUUUGUGCUGUGGAUGCUCACGGAGUCAGACCAGACGAGCCGGGACAUCUGCUGUGUGGUGUUUGCGCUGUUCAACGUAGUGUGGGCCACACUGUUUCUGGAGCGGUGGAAGAGGAGGGGGGCAGAGCUGGCGUACAAGUGGGGAACACUGGACACUCCGGCUGAAUCCCUGGAGGAACCUCGGCCGCAGUUCAGGGGAGUAAAGCGCUGCAGUCCCAUAACAGGCUGUGAGGAGUUCUACUAUCCUCCGUGGCGGAGGCGUGUGUUCAGGUGGUUGGUCAGCCUGCCCAUCUGUAUCCUCUGUCUCUGUUUUGUCUUCCUGGUCAUGCUCAUCUGCUUUGAACUGCAGGAGUUUGUGAUGGGGAUCAAGGAAAUGCCUCGACUGGCUCGCUUCAUCCCCAAAAUCAUGCUUGCUAUCACUGUGACCGCAUGUGAUGAGGUGUACAGGAAAAUCGCCUGCUGGCUUAAUGACAUGGAAAACUAUAGACUCCAGAGUGCCUAUGAGAAAAAUCUCAUCAUCAAAAUGGUUCUAUUUCAGUUUGUAAAUUCUUAUCUCAGCCUUUUUUACAUUGGAUUCUACCUCAAAGACAUGGAGCGGCUCAAAGAGAUGCUGGCCACUCUUCUCAUCAUUCGACAGUUCCUUCAAAAUGUGAAGGAGGUGCUGCAGCCUUACCUGUAUGAGCGCCACAAACUGGGCGAGCUCACGCUGCGAGCAGUGUGGGACUUGCUGCUCUCCGUGUUGCUGAAGUAUGCCCGGCUGGCUGCUGGAAAAGCCCAGGCCUCCCCAACUGACCAGACUAUGCCUGGGCCGGGUCUGAGGGGGACCCGGCCUGGGCUAGGGCAGUCAGAAAGAAGGGAGAAGAAGUGUUUGAAUGGCGGAUGCGGGGUGCCUGAUGAAGAGGAGGGAGGUGAGAGGGACGAGGCGGACAGCGGGAGGUUCAGCGAAGGGGAGACGGAGGAGGAAAGUCUGAUCGACUGCGGAUUGAAGCUGAGAAAAGUCAGUUUUAUAGAGAAGGUGGACAGAAGGCCUGUCUGCAGCGGACCCCCCAUGGACAGCAGUUUCCUCGAAGAGGGGAGCCCCACCAUGGUGGAAAAAGGCAUGGACCCUGCCUCUGUGUUUGAACUGUGCGAUGACGACGACGAUAAUGGCAUCCAUGAUGUGAAGGAGGCAGGCGGGGGAGGGACAGGUGCAGCGGAGGGAAUUCAUGCUUCUGCCGGUGCUGCUGCUGCCUCGCUGCCUUCUGGGUCUGAGAGCAGCACGUCACUGCGACACAGGCGAAGAGGCAGAAGCACAGAGAGACCUGAGCUAAAGACAAAAAGAGAGUCGUGGAUGGACCCGCCUGAGGAGAGAGAGAGCAACACGCUCACUCAGGCUGAGAUGGAGAGCUGCAUGCAGACUUACGCAGACACUUUCCAAGACUACCAGGAGAUGUUUGUCCAAUUUGGCUACGUGGUGCUCUUCUCCUCAGCCUUCCCUCUGGCUGCCAUGUGCGCUCUUAUCAACAACAUCAUAGAGAUUCGCAGCGAUGCCUUCAAGCUCUGCACAGGUCUGCAGAGGCCGUUUGGAGUGAGAGUGGAGAGCAUCGGCCAGUGGCAGACUGCCAUGGAAGCCAUGGGCCUGAUUGCCAUCAUAGUCAACUGUUACCUGAUUGGUCAGUGUGGUCAGCUGCAGCGUCUCUUCCCAUGGCUCAGCCCUGAAAUGGCCAUUAUCUCCAUCGUCAUCCUCGAGCACUUUGCAAUCCUCCUGAAGUAUGUCAUCCAUGUGGCCAUCCCUGAUAUUCCCACAUGGGUCAGAGAGGAGAUGGCUAAACUGGAUUAUCAGCGCAGGGAAGCCUUCAAGAAGCACGAGCGGCAGGCACAGCAGCAUUACCAGCAGCUGCAGAGGAGGAAGAGGGAGGAGGAGGAGCGACAGAGGCAGGCGGAGCACAUGGCCCGCAGAGAGAGGGAGCGGGAAGAUGGCAAGGGCGACUCCUCCGGGGAUCAUCACCAUGACAAAAGUCAUGGCAGUAAAUCUCGACCCGGGGGAGGAGGCAGCGGGUCUGACAAACCCAAGAGGCCGAGCUCUCUGUUGGCCAACAACAACGUGAUGAAGCUGAAGCAGAUCAUCCCGCUGCAGAGUAAAUUCUCCUCUGGGGGUGCCCGCUCCCCUCAGUCACCCACGGGCAGCGAGCCCAAGCUGCCCGGCUUCCUGAGCUUCAAAUUUCUCAAAUCUCCCGAGAAUAAGAAGGAAGGUGCUGUGGCGGCAUCCUCUGCGGCUAUCAGUGCAACAGCUAACCCCACAGCAACAGCAUCGUCAUCUUCAUCAUCAGGUAGCAGCUCUCAGGAGCGUUCUCAGUCACCCAGCAAAGCCUUCAACCCUGGGAAACUCUUUAACUUUGGAAAAUCUGAGGGUGGGACGUGUGUGAACGGAGCCCCGCUGCCCAGAUCCGGGGAAGCAUUGUCAUCAUCGUCAUCAUCAUCAUCACAGACUUCAGAGAGACAAGCAUCCAGAUCUGACCUGAAUGGUGUUCCAGAAGAGAUCCCCUCACCUGGAGGAGAGGGGUCAGAGAAUGGACACUCGAUAGACUUGGACCCCUCUGGCUCUAAAGUGUAGUAGCUCCGUAGAAACGAAGUUGUCGGUUUUAUCAGAACCAGAGACGGGGUGUGGUUACUGUGACCUACCUGCUGUGUGAUCACAGGAUCAGAGUUGAGGUACUUGAAACUGAUGAGAGAUGACUUGUUUGCUUUUAUGCUGAGAGACAAAAAACAGGCUUUGUAAGAAAGACAUAAGCCCUCCUACCAUAGCAAACACAAAAACACACAAAAACAUCGAAUCCUUCCUUGUCUGCAAUACAUAAAGAAAUGCAUGAGCUGCGUUUCUUAUAUUUUUAAGCCUUUAAAGCAGAGAGCUGUGUUUCUUGAUUUCUUCUAGUCAUAAAUUGUAAGCAUCUUGCUAAAGGGUUCAAAAAGUUUCAUUUGUAUGAGAAGAUCACAGAUUGUUCAUGAAACAGCCAGGAGUGUUUUUUAGCUUUCACAACAUGUGAUUUUGACUCAUUUUAAACUGUGAGGAAUUUUGGCCCUUCACUUUUAUAAUGAAGUGGGAAAAAAGGAAAAGCAAUAUCAAUCAGUGUUUUAAUUCUUCUUAUCAUUACCCCAUCCCUCCCUUAAUAAACAUCCCUGAUUAAUCACCAGCUUUAUUUUCAAAGCAGAGGUGAUGUUUGGGCUUUGAAUGCUGCUGCCCUUACUGUGACAGUAGCAAAAAGAAGAUAGUUUGAAUUCCAGUAUUUUCCCAAGAGAGCAAACACACCAGAGACAAGAAAAAGCAAAAAAUAAAUCAGAGGUAGAUGAAGGUGAUUUUGAGAAGUUCAAGCAGGAAGCCUGUUGCGUGCUGGUCUCCAUCCAAGCCCGUAGAGUGCCAUGUAAACACAGAUGGUGCUCACUCUCUAACCAGACUUGGCAAUCGAGCGUAGAGUUAAAGAAGUUAACAUUUGCACUAAAUCCCUACGCCGUGCAUGGAGACACCAGCCUGCCUCGUGGCAUUAUGCAAAGAUGGAUGGUUUUCUUUCCACUUUUCACACAAAAAAUCAUCUAAAUUAUCAGAUUGUUGCUCGUCUUUAAGUCACUAUUUGCUGCAUCUCUGCAAUGCAGUGCAAAUCACAAUGAUGGGAGUUUCUUUUUUUAACCAAAGCAGCAUUUUUUCGGAUAAUACUGUUAAUUUUAGAUGUGUGUUUUGUUGUUCCACUGCAUUAUCACUAGGGAUGCACUGAUAUAACAUUUACUCCAUUUGAGUACUCAAACCAUACGGGGUACAGAUAUGUGUACUUGAUAAUACCAUAAAUGUUCUAACAAUUGUUUUGAAAGUAUUUUCAUCAGAUGUUCUUCAUCCCUCCUUUUGACAAGUUAUCAAUGCAUACUUUUAAAUCCCCUCUAGUCAUUCUCAGUUAAACUUCAUACAAAAAGUAAGAAAAUUUGUGUUUGGUACACUAUUUCUUUGUUUUAACAAUGCUUCUUGGCAAUAAAUCUUAUACUGUUGAAAA